AUUCUCCAACUUGGGAAAUACAUGCUAUAUGAAUGCUAUUUUACAGUCUCUGUUUUCACUCCAGUCAUUUGCAAAUGACUUGCUUAAGCAGGGUAUCCCAUGGAAGAAAAUUCCACUUAAUGCACUUAUCAGACGGUUUGCACACUUACUUGUUAAAAAAGAUAUCUGUAAUUCAGAGACCAAAAAAGAAUUACUUAAGAAGGUUAAAAAUGCCAUUUCAGCUACAGCAGAGAGAUUCUCUGGUUAUAUGCAGAAUGAUGCUCAUGAAUUUUUAAGUCAGUGCCUAGACCAACUGAAAGAAGAUAUGGAAAAAUUAAAUAAAACGUGGAAGUCUGAACCUGUUUUUGGAGAAGAAAAUUCACCAGAUAUUUCAGCUACCAGAGUAUACACUUGCCCUGUUAUUACUAACUUGGAGUUUGAGGUUCAGCACUCCAUCAUUUGUAAAGCAUGUGGAGAAACUAUUCCCAAAAGAGAACAGUUUAAUGAUCUCUCCAUUGACCUUCCCCGUAGGAAAAAACCACUCCCUCCUCGCUCAAUUCAAGAUUCUCUUGAUCUUUUCUUUAGGGCAGAAGAACUUGAGUAUUGUUGUGAAAAGUGUGGUGGAAAAUGUGCUCUUGUCAGGCACAAGUUUAACAGACUUCCCAGGAUCCUCAUUCUUCAUUUGAAACGAUACAGCUUCAAUGUGGCUCUCUCACUUAACAACAAGAUUGGACAGCAAGUCAUCAUUCCAAGAUACCUAACCCUGUCAUCUCAUUGCACUGAAAAUACAAAACCACCUUUUACUCUUGGUUGGAGUGCACAUAUGGCAGUUUCUAGACCAUUGAAAGCCUCUCAAAUGGUGAAUUCCUGCCUCACCAGCCCUUCUACACCUUCAAAGAAAUUCACCUUCAAAUCCAAGAGCUCCUUGGCUUUGUGCCUUGAUUCAGACAGUGAAGAUGAACUAAAACGCUCUGUGGCCCUUGGCCAGAGGCUUUGUGAAAUAUCAGGCAAUGAACAGCAACAGGAAGAUCUGGAAAAAGAUUCAAAAUCAUGCAGAACAGAGUCUGAUAAAUCAGAAUCCGAAAACUCAGGAUUUGACAAAAUGAGUGAAGAAGAGCUACUAGCAGCUGUCUUAGAGAUCAGUAAGAGAGAAGCUUCACCUACACUCAGUCAUGAAGAUGAUGACAAACCAACCAGCAGCCCAGACACUGGAUUUGCAGAAGAUGAUGUUCAAGAAAUGCCUGAGAAUCCAGACACUGUGGAGACUGAGAAGCCCAAAACGUUCAUAGAGCCAGAUCCUGCUAGUUUUACUGAGAUAACAAAAGACUGUGAUGAAAAUAAAGAAAACAAAACUCCAGAAGGAUCUCAGGGAGAGGUUGAUUGGCUCCAGCAGUAUGAUAUGGAGCGUGAAAGGGAAGAACAAGAGCUUCAGCAAGCAUUGGCUCAGAGCCUUCAAGAGCAAGAGGCUUGGGAACAGAAAGAAGAUGAUGACCUCAAAAGAGCUACAGAGUUAAGUCUUCAAGAGUUUAACAACUCUUUUCUGGAUGCACUGGGCUCAGAUGAGGAUUCUGGAAAUGAGGAUGUUUUUGAUAUGGAGUACACAGAAGCGGAAGCCGAGGAACUAAAAAGAAAUGCCGAGACAGGAAAUCUCCCUCAUUCCUAUCGGCUCAUCAGUGUUGUCAGUCACAUUGGUAGCACCUCUUCUUCAGGCCAUUACAUUAGUGAUGUGUAUGACAUUAAGAAGCAGGCAUGGUUUACGUACAAUGACCUGGAGGUAUCCAAAAUCCAAGAGGCUGCUGUGCAGAGUGAUCGAGAUCGGAGUGGUUACAUCUUCUUUUACAUGCACAAGGAGAUCUUUGAUGAGCUGUUGGAAACAGAAAAGAACUCUCAGGCACUCAGCAUGGAAGUGGGGAAGACUGCUCGUCAGGCCUCAUGAAGAGCAAACUCUGGGUUGGCAGUGUAUACUGCAUUUUCUCUCUCAUUGCCACCCACCUCACCUUUCCUUUGCCAGAAGAGAAUUUGGAAUUCUUUUUGACGCAGGAGCAACAGACAGCUCAGGGCCAAACCAAAAGACAAAAUUGCAGUUAUGCAAAAUGCUCCUCCAUGCUAUUUUAUGGAAACUUUGGUCUCAUCUGUAGCUGAUUAUCCUCUUUUUCUCCUACAAGAGCAGCGCUUCCUUUUGUCUUAUAAGUACAUGUUGUAAAUAUAUAUAUAUGUGUACAUACACACACACACAUACACACUUAUAUAUGUGGAAUGAAUGGAGCCUUAAAGAGUUAGGAUGAGCCACAAAAACAUGCCUGUUCGCCACAAUAGCACAGCAGUUUGAGGGAGAAAUGAAAGUGGUGCCAGAGAGUUCAUUCACCUGAGAAAUGUGCAAAGAUACACAUAUCUGUUGGCUUUUAGCUUUUGUGUUCCUUGAGUAGUUUCACUCAAGUCUGUGACCUUUUCUUUUGUUUCUUCAGUAAAGUUCACUAGAAAGCCAGCUCUCCAUAUUACACUAAUGACAGUUUGUUCUUGCAAGAGGCAUUUCUGUCACCUGAUGAGAUUUUUUUCUUUUUCUUAAUUUCAUGAAUCUGUCAUGCCUUUGCUGUUUACAUGCAGUUCCCAAGAAGUAGAUUGUUGAUGCUUUGGAAUGUGUUGUGGUCCCAUGUUCUAUAAUAUCCAUUGUACACUUCACAUUUUGUCUAAAGAGAUUUCUUUACACAAUUUGUUCAUUGUACUCAUCUAUAUUAUUGUGAUCAUGAAGACAGAACUUAUAUUUUCUUCUGUAUCAUUCUUUGAUGGAGCAGGCAUAACCCUAAUGGGUUGUGACCAAAUUUUAAAAGGUGGAAAACUAAUACUGCUCCAACGGGGACUCACCAGUACGGGAUACUUAGGAUAAGGAAGAUGCUAGCAUCUUCUGGGCCACUAAAGCUAAAAGCACUGUCCUGAGGGUGAAGUUAAGUUCAUGAGCUGUAGGACAAGACUUGAGUGUUUAAUCAUUUAUUGUCUGGCUUUGCCUUAUAGCAGGGUGAGAAUUUAAAUGUGAUUGGUUUAGGUAAUCCCAAGAACUAACAAAUAACAAAGGUGCACAGUAUACUUACGUACUUUUCAGGUGCUCUGAGUUGAGGCUGAGUGGGAUUGCAAUAUCAAGUGCUCCUUAGCCAACAUAACCAUCUGGGUUAAGCAGCUUAUGAAACCAUAUAGAGUGAAUUUGAAGACUUCUUCGAGCUCAGAUGUCAUUAGGAGCAUACAGAGUUUAAGUAUAGCAAAGUGAAACCUUCCAUUGUUUUCUUUCCUGUUUUUUCUUGCUUUUAUUAGAAAUGAGAGGAUUACUCUAGUUCUGAAGUGGGGAUGAAACCAUAUCAGGUUUUAAGAGGAAAGAAACAGUAAAAUCCAUCAUCACUGAAGAUGCAACACUUUUUCUGGAUGUUUGCUUUCAGAGAGCUCCAGCCCCAUUCUUGGAACCUGGGUGUGUUCUGACAUAGUCACCUAUUCUGAACUUUUGGAUCUUUGAAUCAUAAAUGGCUUCAGCACUUUUGUUUACUGAUAAAUGCUUUGCCUCCUAUCAUCUUCCAGCACACAUUACUGUAGUGAAUGUUCCACGAGGGUACUAGUGGUAAAAUACACAGGAGUAGUCUAGAAUGUAGGAAAAUACUUGUUUUAAAAACUAACAUUUAAAAUUUUGUUUUAUUUCUUCCAGGAGACUCAUUUUGCUUGAAAACAACUGGUUUUCUCACAAAUGAGUAAAGUGGUGAUCAAAUUACUUAGGUAGUUAUUCUCUUCCUGUUUCUUUUUGAGAGCUUUGAGCUUUUUAAAAUGAUUGGAAACAAUUUGAAGUGAGGUCUGCAUUAAGACAUAGAGAAAAAUAGAAAUAAUGCCAUAAGCCCAGAUUGCCUUGUGAAAUAGCCUCAUUUGAAUUGCUUUCAUCGCUUGCAUGUGUGUGUGAGGCUUAGAAGUAUACUUGGAGAAGAAACCUGAUUUGGUUUGACCUUCAUGUCUUGGGCAGGACUUGUUAUUUGAAAAUAGGUGACUAGAGUAUAUGAGUUAUCUUGCUGCUCAUACUUGCAAAUGUGGAGCUUGAAUUUUACUAUCUGUCCAUCUUUGUGGCCUUGUCAGCCUUCCCCUUCUCCCUUCACUCCUUUAACUUACUCAUUUGACUGCAAAUGGAGAUUUCAGCUAGACUAUGUUGAUGGAGUGGUUGUUGUUUUGAGCUGGCUGUGUAUAUUUUUAAAUUAUAAAUAAAUAAUAUAUAUUUUUUUCUUUUUUUGCACAGAGUGAUCAGUUUGCCUAGAGUUGGGGGAUGGGCAGUUAGCAUGUUGGGGGCCAGGAAGGGACAAAUUAGAUAGGGACAAGAGUGCUUCAGUUCCAGGCAGUCUGCAUAAUAAGUAAGUAACCCUCUAUUCAAAUAGGACUAAGUAUGUGGUUAUAUUACUUUAUAAAUGACAUUGAAUUGGAACUUGAUAGCAAUUAGUUCUAGAAUGUAAGCUUUUGAUCUUAGUUGAAAUUUUUCAGAAGGGAAGAAUAAACUAAACCAUGCUGAUUUUUGUUCUCUAUUAUUGUGGAGGUUGGAAAGCUGCAUGUGGCUAGAUGCUGUUACCCUUUUAGUAGCCAAGACUACUUUAGGCCUAUGAGAAGAUAAGACUCUUGUUUCGUAGGGAUAUAUGUGUGUAUACACACUCAUAAGUUUUGUCUCAGAAGGACAGGCCAGGAAGCAAAUCCAUGAAUUGGCCAUCUGUUUAUUUUGAUUCCAAAACUUGUUUGUUUACUUGCUAUGGUCUUUUAAUUCCAGGCCUAACUUAAAUGGCUUGGUAGCAACAGCAAAUGUAAAUGUGUUUACAUU